AUGUAUAGACCAAUGCAGCAUUUUCUCCUUGCUUUCUCUCCUGUGUUCUAUGUAACAAUCAUUCUGGGAAACCUUCUUGUUGUGUUUACAGUGACCUUUGACCCUUACUUACAUUCCCCCAUGUACUUCCUUUUAGCCAGUCUCUCAUUUAUUGAUUUAUGUUUUUCUACCUUAACAGUUCCUAAGAUGAUUCAUGACUUGUUCUCUGGGCACAAAACCAUAUCCUUUCAGGGAUGUGUCAUCCAGAUAUUUGUCCUUCAUGUCCUGGGUGGAUCGGAGAUGGUGCUACUCAUCUCCAUGGCCUUGAACCUAUAUGUGGCCAUAUGUAAGCCCCUCCACUAUCUGACUAUCAUGAACCCGCAGAUAUGCAUUUUGCUUCUGUCUGGUGCUUGGGCUAUUGGCUUCAUUCAUUCAGUGGCCCAGUUAGCUUUUGUUGUCCAUUUGCCUUUUUGUGGUCUCAAUGAGAUAGAUACCUUUUACUGUGAACUUCCUUGGUUUAUCAAACGUGCCUGCACAGACACCUACAGAAUGGAAUUUGUGGUUAUUGCCAUCAAUGGGUUCAUUUCCAUGGGCACCUUCUUCUUAUUGCUUAUCUCCUAUACCUUCAUCCUGGUCACUAUAUGA